AUGGAGAAAAAGAACCAAACAUUAGUCUCUGGAUUCAUCCUGCAGGCAAUCUUCAACCAAGCAGGGCACGGAAACCUUGUCUUCUUUGUCCUCCUCCUCGUAUAUAUGUUGAGUCUUGUGGGAAAUCUGAUGAUUGUCUUUGUGAUCUGGUGUGAUUCACAUCUCCUCCACACACCCAUGUAUUUCUUCCUCAGUUACCUUGCUCUGGCUGAUGUGGGUUUUGCCUCCUCCACUGUCCCAAUAACGCUACGCAGCCUAGUUUCCUGGGACAAGAUAAUCUCCUAUGGUGGGUGCUUUUCUCAGCUGUAUUUUUUCUUGGCUUUUGGCAGUAGUGACAGCUUUCUGCUUGCGGCUAUGGCCUAUGACCGCUACAUGGCUAUCUGCCACCCCCUGCAUUAUAUUGCCUUGAUCAACCCCAAGCGAUGUCGCUUGAUGGUCUCUGGAUGUUGGCUCCUGGCCUUUCUACACUCCGUGCCAUAUGCAUUGAUGGUUUCCCAUCUCUCAUUUUGUGCAUCCCGGGAGAUCCCCAAUUUCUUCUGUGAUGUCAAUCCACUCUUGGGACUAUCUUGUUCGGACACCAGUACCAUCAAGAUGAUGCUAUGGACAGCAGGCACGUUAUCUCUUGCGGGACCCUUUCUGCUUGUUGUGAUCUCCUAUGCACGCAUCUUCCUGACCAUAGUGAAGACUCCAUCUGCAAGCAGCAAACGCAAGGCCUUCUCCACAUGUGGUUCUCACUUGGCCGUGGUUAUCUUAUACUUUAGCACCCUCAUCUGGGUCUAUUUGCUGCCUACCUCUGGGAAUAAGACCCUGGCUUCUCUCAUGUACACUGUCAUUGCCCCGAUGCUGAAUCCCUUCAUUUACAGUCUGAGGAACAGUGAGAUGAAGGGUGCCCUGAAGAGACUCACUGGCCGGAUGCGAGUCUCUGUAGAAUAA